AUGCGGGAGAAGGAGGACGGGAGUGAAGGAGUCGUCGUCGGCGGCUGGCUGGACGAAGGAGAUGGCGGCGGCGGCGUAUGGAACAAGGAUAUACCAUUGAAUGAUGCCUUCGUCGAUAAAUUACCCCGCUUGGUGGCCAUCCUGGGGAAGGAUAGUGUCAGGCUUUUCCUCAACUUAUUCAAGGAUGACACACUGGGAUUGGCUUGGGGUUUCGUCAUAACCCCACAGACCUUCAAUCAGAUGAUUGUGCAAAAUGCCUUGCGAUGCGCGAAAGUUGCCUUGGAGGGCAAGGCUCCUGAGCUCAAUGGGCACCGCGCCAAUCCCAACUACAUGAAUUCAUGUGGGUACUUUCCCCUCCACCAAGCUGCUGAAAUGUUCUCUGCCGACAUGAUCAAAUUGCUCUUCCACUAUGGCGCAUCGGCCAAUUUGCGUACGUCUAGCCCUGAAGUCAUCGAGGGCCUACUCCCACUACAUGUUGCAGUUGAGAACGCUUGCCGGCAUAAGUUUCUUGAGGACAACCUAUUACCUGACAAAGAGAAUACCGACUAUGUCUACAUGCUCAUUCAACUGGUUUGCUUACCUGAAAUGAUCCUUCCCAACAUGAAUUACUACUGCAGCAUAACAAAUGAAAUUUCUAAUGAUGGAAAGCUUGCCGAAACAACAGUUUUGCUCCUGGCAGCUCAAAAGAAGAUCCGCGCGGGAUCUUCUUUCAAGACAACUGGCAAUAGCAAGACAGAUGGGUUUAGUAUUAUCUCAAAUCUAUGUACAAAGGAUCUUGUUGCCAUAGAUUUGGAGAUUGCUCAAAACAGAGCUGUGAAGAAGCAGCAGCUGAAGGCGGAGAAAAGGCUUAGGCGUAUGGCAUUGUUGCUUGUCAUUGUAAUUUCCGAAGCUGGUGAAGCUCUUGAUUCAUACAUUCGGGCGCAUCCAGAGGUGCCUUAUGCCACACAGGUGGCCCACGUCGAGGUCCUGAAACGUGUCUCAUCGAUUCUCAAGAACCGUCGUUUUUUUCCUACUGGAGAAUGCAUCAACAUAGGAAACAUCUGCCCCUAUGAUCAACAAUCGUCCAGGUUGUCCGGUGAAGAGUUGCCCAACAAAUAUGAUGGGUAUGCUACAGCUGAGAAGGCUGCCAGAAUGAAACAACCUAGAGGAUGGAAGCUCGAACAUGCAAGGAGAAGCUUCAUCCCAUGCUUGAAAUCAGUGUUAUCAUCAUCCAAGUUGGAAGCAAGGGCAUCUCCCAUAUAUCCCUUGAUAGAAAUCAAAAGCAUGAGAGAGACUGAGGAAAUUUGGAAUAAAUCAGCAACCGAAGGAUCCUCUUCAAUUCCAAAUAAAAAUCUUGGUUUGUUGGGAAGAGUUCUGCAAUUAACAAGUAGUCAUCAAUCCAGAAGGCUAUUCGGUACUGCUGCAUCGACGGUCUUGAAACUUUUAAAGCAUGCAUGAGUUGAGAGUUUCUCAGAAGAGAAGUUACUUCUCUCUCAUCAUUUUCAAGUCUGCUCAUUAUUGCUUCCAUGCUAUCUUAGCCGGUGUGGCUUUCGAUCUAUGCAGAUACAGAAGCGCCUGUUGUGACCUUAUGCACAGAUGUGGUGCAAACAUAUUUUAUUUCAGUGGCAUGCUCCUAACGUGCUUAAGCGCGCAUGUAUCCCUCACAUUUGCCUGGAUGUAUCUCUCGCAUUUGCCUGGAUUUAAACUCUAGCUACAUAUAGUAGCAUUUGAACCACUCUGACCCA